AUGGCUGCCCCAGCGUCCGCCUACAAGGACCGGCAAUUUCUCGCCGUGAUUGGCGACGAAGACUCAGUAACAGGUCUACUACUUGCCGGUGUCGGCCAUGUUACCAGCCCUCCAGACUCCCAGAAGAAUUUCCUCGUAUGCGAUAACAAAACGGAGAAGACUGCGAUUGAACAAGCCUUCAAUCGAUUCACGAAAGAACGCAAAGACGUCGGAAUUGUGCUGAUAAAUCAACAUUUGGCGGAACAAAUACGAGAUACCGUGGAGAAAUUCCAAGAUCCUUUCCCAGCAGUUCUCGAAAUACCCAGCAAGGACCAUCCAUACGACCCAGAGAAGGACAGUGUUCUGCGGAGAGUGAGGAGGUUAUUCGGCGAGUGA